AUUUAGAUGAGACUAUAUUUACAAAAUAGUGUUUUUUUAAAUAUAAUAUAUUUCAGUUAAGGGUUUUAAAUUUUACCACAAAAAAAUAACAACCAAAAAAUGCUACAUAAAAUAUAGUAUUGUUUAAUUUGAUUUAUAUAAAAAAUAAAUGUUUAUUAUUUACAGAAUUGGGCUAUACAAUAUAUAAUUCCGAAAUGAUUUACCCAUCAUUAAAAUUAAUCUGGCCCAUAUUAAUAUUAUCUUCAAUGUCAAUUAAUCCGGAAAAAAGUUUGUUAUAUUCUGUGCUAAUAAAAAAGUAAAGAAUUUUAUUUUGCUUUCUCCUUACCUUCGAUAUGUGGCUGCCUCUCUCUAUUUCUUAACUCUUCGUCAAAAACGCACGUGUGGAGAUUCCUUCAAAAACCUAAGUCAAAUACAGAAUCUGAACUACUUUGACUUCAUGUUCACUCUCAAUCUAUUUGUAAAUACCAUUGAUCUGUUGAAUUAAAGGUAUAAAUCAUGUACAACGACUCAGCUGGAGCACGGAUCAAGCUUUCAAAUUUCAUGUAGAAGAUCUGUUUUGGUCAAACUCACCUCCUAACACACAUGCUUCAGAGGAGAAGAUGAUCAUAGAACAUCCAAGAAUAUUAGAGAUAGUCGCAGUCGACCUGCAAAGAUAAGUUUUUAAUUACAAUCAGUUUCUGGUUUUCGAUGAUCUUGAGGUUUGGUUUUAAUUCUUGUAUAUUGAUUUGUAGGUAUAAAUCAUGUACAACGACUCAGCUGGAGCACGGAUCAAGCUUUCAAAUUUCAUGUAGAAGAUCUGUUUUGGUCAAACUCACCUCCUAACACACAUGCUUCAGAGGAGAAGAUGAUCAUAGAACAUCCAAGAAUAUUAUAGAUAGUCGCAGUCGACCUGCAAAGAUAAGUUUAAUGUUAAAACAUCAAUUUCUUAUGUGGCUUCAAAUAUCUUAACUUUAAACAGAUCAGUAUUGUGGUGAUUACAAUUGAAUCGCUCUUUUCUUGUGCUCAUGUAAGGGACAUGAUAGUAAAAAUCGACACAAUAUUCAGUUCAUAUGAAGCUCUAAGGUCUCAGCUAUACCUUAAAAUACUGAAGUGAUUUGCGAGAAAAAAAGAAGAGUCUACAUAUAUUACAAUCACGCUUAUGAGAUUUGAUCACUGAGAUGUAUUGAUUUCUUGUUUGUUUUAUAUUUAAAUAUAUUAACUAUGAGAGAUCAUUGUAGAUUGGAGACUAAUUGGUAGAUUGAAACAUUCAACCAGCAAUGAAAGCAGAGGAUGAUCAAUAUGAUUCAGUAUUGGUUGAGAAUCGAUAUAUAUAUAUAUAUAUAUAGUGAAAGAAAAUGUAUUUUACAGUUUCGUCUACCAGAACACCCUCAAGAGUAUCUCCUCCAAAACUGUUGUUUUGUUUCCAAGAAAGAAGCAAUUUUAGAGUUAGACGCCAUUCGUCUUUGUAAGGUUUGAUAUCCUCACAAUUUUCUUUCGUUUGACAUGUUUGCCGUGAGAGCUUGAUGGAAAUACCUAAUUCUACACUCAAUAUAUAUAUAUAUAUAUAUAUAUAUAUAUGGGUGAAUAAUCUAGGUUAAAUUGUAUAUAUGGCGAGAAUAUACCGUAAUAUAUGCUAUUCAAUCUUAGAUAUUGUUAAAAUUGUGUGCGCACUAUAUGGUACAUAAUUAGGGAAGUUAUAUUCAAUUGUUGGUGAUUUUAAGAAUAUCUUGCUAAGCAAUGUUAUAGAACAAAAUAGAUGAGAUCGUAAUAUAUGCUAAUCAAUAUUAGAUAUUUUUAAAAUUCCAUGCAAAGAAAUUGCUUCAAAUUAGGGAAAGUAUAUUUAAUUGGGUUGUGGCUUUUACGUGGGAAGAAAGAAUUGAUACAAAGAGGAGGUCUUUUUUUAUUUGUUAGAGGAAAAGCAUAUUUAAUUGGAUUGUGGCUUUUACAUGGGAAAAAGAGUUGAUACAAAGAGAAGGUAUUUUUAUUUGUUAGAUCGCAUAAGAUAUUUACGGAAUAUUUUUUUUAAAAAGACUGCGCAAUUGUCGAUAACCACUUUUUAAUUUAAACCGAUGGCCAAACAACAUUAUACUCCUUUUUUUUAUAGAUAUCCAAAUUUACAAACAAUACUUUUUUUUAUAGAUAUCUAAGUUUCCAAACAAUCCUAAUUUGUACUUGAGUUUUAAUAAGAUAGAUGAUACCCACUCAAGUUUUCCCUUUAGAGCUGCUCUUAGACUAUUUUAUAGGUUACUAAGCUUGUGAUUGACUUUAAUCUACACCAGAUAAGCUUUCUAGUGAAAGUUUAGUCCAGGUGAGAGCGCUGUCUUUCCCAAGAUAUAGCGACACUAUCGUGAACUGAAUAAAUUUCUUGAGUAUUUUAGAUUCGAUCGUAUUGACAACAAUAAAUAAGAACUUGAACCCCGUAACCACAAAAAAAACUGUGACUUUUAGUUAAAUUUUUAGUCAGGGGAAUCAUCUGACUUUGCCUUUUUAGUUAAACUUUUUUCUGAGAUUUUUUUUAUUCCUCAGGAUCUGCCUAUAUAAACACAUUCUAAUUUAUCCUCCAAUCUCCACAUGCACAAGUUGGCAUAAACAAAAAUAAACCCAUCAAAGCAAACUCUAUUGACACAAAAACUGUUUGCUCAAUUUACAAUGGACUACAGACUGUCAGGGGAGCUCUCAGAAACCCAAAGGAACAAGUGUGGAGGGUGUUAUAGGCAAUUCAACAAGAAAGAACAUUUGGUGGAACACAUGAGGACGUCUUACCAUUCGGUUCAUGAACCUACAUGUGGCAUUUGCAACAAACACUGCCGAUCUUUUGAUUCCCUCCGUGAACAUCUCAUUGGGCCAUUGCCGAAACAGGAAUGUAAGAACAUUUUCAGCAUCUGCGGCUGCAGAUUCUGCCUUACGAUCCUUGAAAGCCCCAACGCUCGUAGGAUCCAUCAGGAGAGAUGCCAAUUCUCAAACGUCAAUUAUGGACUAACUGCUCGUAUGGCGGUCUUAGGCCUAAGAGAUAAUCCUACAAUUGAUUACACUUCUUCCAGGUCACCACGAGUGGUCGCACUCUCAUGCAAGAUGGUUGGAGGAGGGAGUGAUGGAUCGCUUGACCUAUGCGCGAGAGUUUGCAUAACAGAUGAGAGCGAAAACGUGAUUUUUCACACGUACGUGAAGCCAACAUUGCCCUUAACGAAUUACAGGUACGAGACUACAGGAAUACGACCUGAGAAUAUAAGGGACGCGAUGCCAUUGAAACAAGCACAGAGAAAGAUUAAGGAGUUUCUUUGUUAUGGAGAACCAAUGUGGAAGAUUCGUCCAAGAAGUGGAAAAGCGAGGAUUCUCGUGGGACAUGGACUUGAUAGCCAUCUUGACUGUCUUCAACUUGAAUAUUCUUCUUUCAUGAUAAGAGAUACUGCGGAAUACCCUCCAUUGAUGAAAACAAGCAAGCUAAGCAACUCGCUCAAGUACUUAACCCAAGCCUAUCUGGGGUAUGACAUUCAUGUGGGGAUGCAAGAUCCUUAUGAGGACUGUGUCGCGACGAUGAGGCUGUACAAAAGAAUGCGAUAUCAAAAACACAAGACGGAUGCUUAUCCGUUGGCCUCAGACACGCAUAACACAAAUAACUAUGCGUCCUGGAGACAGAGCGAGCUUGAGAGUAUGUCAGAGGAUGAGUUGCUCAACCUUUCCCGGUCAGACUAUUACUGCUGGUGCUUGGACUCAGUUCCUUGAAAAUUAAAAGUUAUCGUACGUGUUUGUACUUCAAGAAUAAGAUGACGACUGGAAUAAUUUAAUUAGUAGAUUCCAUUUUAAUAUCGAAUAAUCAUGCUUUUAAGAUAUUAAUCAAGUUGUAUUAUUGCUAUUAUAGAAUACGUUGGUUAUGAGAAGCAUAGGUUGUUGCAAUAGCAUAUGUACGUACGCUUUCUUUGGUAACUAUUAUAGAUUUAUCAUCAAAACAUAUUAACAUUUAUAAAAUAAAUAGUUUGUGGUCAGUUUAUGAAAAACAAUUAUGAACAGAUCUAUAUAAUUACCAUUUAUUUAUAAGAAAGCGUAAUUAUGAUCUCUAAAUCCAGGAGAAUAUAAAUAUCAUAGAAACACUAAAUUAGGCUCAUUUGGUCGAUAUGACUGUAUCGGAGUUCACUUUCUCAGCUGGAGCUUAGUUCACACUCCCUCAUGGAUCCCGAUACGGUAAUAUCGGAGUUCACUUUCUCAGCUGGAGCUUAGUUCGCACUCCCUCAUGGUUGAUCUUCAGGAACAUCGCCUCACCUCUGCCGUGUCGCCUCCGUAUCCCAAUCCCUUCCGAGAGCCGCUGGUACUCAAACGACACAUGCUUUGGUCUGAACCAAAACUAUUUAUGGAGCUUAAACUUGCUGAUUGUUAUAAACUUGAGCCAAUAUUCUUUUUCCGAAGCAUCAUGUCUGUUUACAGUCUGCCAUUGCGCCUCAGUGCAAAGGGUUCACCUAGCCCAAAACCGUGAUGUUGUGCUUAAAUUGCCAUUAUUUGUACAUCCAUCACAGGUCAGUAGAGUUUUCAUUAGCUCUCAUUUUGUCACUGGCGCUAUUCGGUUUCAUGGUCCAUCAUAUUUGUUCGUCAGAGUAAAAUCUAGGACUUUUAUAUUCUCCGGUUCUGUUGAGAUUCAC